AUGGGCAAAGGCUACAGCGCUUCAAUCGCGUCUAACCCGUACAUCGUCGGCUCGUUCGCAUGUAUCGGCGGAGGCCUCUUCGGUCUGGACAUCUCGUCCAUGUCCGGAGUGCUCUCGAACCCGUCCUACAAGAAAACGUUCGGUAACCCCGGUCCCAACGCCCAGGGUGCCAUCGUGGCCGCCAUGCCAGCCGGCUCCUUCGUCGGCGCCAUCGCUGUCUCCAAGCUCGCCGACCUCAUCGGCCGCAAGUGGACCAUCAUCAUCUCCGGCUGGAUCUGGGUCCUUGGCUCCAUCCUCCAGGCCGCUGCCGUCAACCGCGGGAUGCUCGUCGUCGGUCGUAUCAUAUCUGGUAUCUCCGUCGGCAUUGCCUCCGCCAUCGUUCCGCUCUACCAGUCUGAGAUCACGGAGCCCCGAAUCCGUGGUCGCAUGGUCUCCCUCCAGCAAUGGUCCAUCACCUGGGGCAUCCUCCUCCAGUACUUCGUCCAGUUCGGCUGCUCGUACAUCGAUGGCGUCGCGUCCUUCCGUAUCCCCUGGGCCCUCCAGAUGAUCCCCGCCAUCAUCCUCUCUGUCGGCAUGCUCCUCUUCCCCGAGUCCCCCCGUUGGCUUGUCGACAACGGUCGCGAGCAGGAGGCCCUCGAGAUCCUCGCCGACCUCCAUGGCAAGGGCGACCCCAACAAUGAGCUCGUCCAGCUUGAGAUCACUGAGAUCAAGGACCAGGUCGAGUUCGAGAAGAAGGAGGGCGCCAAGUCCUACCUCGACCUCUUCAAGCCCGGCAUCGCGCGCCGUGUCAUGCUCGGUGCCUCACUCCAGAUGUGGUCGCAGCUUUCUGGCAUGAACAUCAUGAUGUACUACAUCAUCUACGUCUUCCAGGGCGCCGGUCUCACCGGCACGCGCGGCAACCUCAUCGCGGACUCCGUCCAGUAUGUCCUCAACGUCGCGCUCACCGUGCCCGCCAUCAUCUACAUCGACCGCUGGGGCCGCCGCCCGAUGCUCCUCGCCGGCACCCUCCUCAUGGGCUUCUGGCUCUUCCUCGUCGGCGGCCUCCAGGGCGGCUUCGGUGCCUGGGGCGAGGUCGACGGCUCUCGGGUCUGGGUCAUCAGCGGGCACGAGGGCAUCACCAAGGCCGUCAUCGUCUUCUCCUACCUCUUCGUCUGCUCCUUCGCGAUCACCAUGGGCCCCGUCUCGUGGACGUACCCGGCCGAGAUCUUCCCGAUGCGCGUGCGCGCCAAGGCGGUCUCGUUCUCGACCGCCGCGAACUGGAUCUUCAACUUCGCGCUCGCCUGGGCGGUCCCGCCCGGGCUGUCGAGCAUCGCGUGGAAGACGUACUUCAUCUUCGGCACCUUCAACUUCGCCGCCUUCAUCCACAUCUUCUUCAUGUACCCCGAGACGGCCGGACGGACGUUGGAGGAGAUCGAGGGUGUGUUCGCGCAGGGGCACAUGUUUACUGCGUGGAAGGUCAAGCGCGACGUCGGGAAGAGGACGCUCGAGGACGUCAAGCACGACGUGCACGAGGUCGACAGUAAGGAGAAGCUCGAGGCCUGA